UGGUGGAUUACAAAUACUCCAGAGAACCUUGAAUGCCAGUUCUUGACUGUUCCCUCUCUCCGUUCCCUGCAGCAUGGAUGACAUAUUGGUCGGGGCACCUCUCUUUAUGGAGCGAGAAUUUGAAAGUAACCCUAGAGAAGUGGGGCAGGUCUACCUGUACCUACAAGUGAGUGCCCUCCUCUUCCAAGACCCACAGGUCCUCACCGGCACAGAGACUUUUGGGAGAUUUGGUAGUUCUGUGGCCCACUUGGGGGACCUGAACCAAGAUGGAUACAAUGAUAUUGCCAUCGGUGUGCCCUUCGCAGGCAAGGAUCAAAGAGGUAAAGUCCUCAUUUACAAUGGAAACGCCAGAGGCUUGCACAGCAAGCCUUCCCAAGUUCUGCAAGGAAUAUGGGGGUCACAGACCAUCCCUUCUGGAUUCGGCUUUUCUCUAAGAGGAGACGCAGACAUAGACAAGAAUGAUUACCCAGGUAAGGUUCUCCGUCUUUUCCCACAUGAGUACUUGUUUCCUGGCAAUGGUCCCUCCUCUGGAAAACACAUUAUGCAAAGGCAUUUCUCUCAUAAAAGACGAAGGUCAAAUUUAACAUGGCACAGGCUUUCUUUGGUAUGA